CCCCGACGACACCAACCGAAGCAGCACCAUCACCACCACCAGCAACAGUCCCGUCGGCAGCCCGUGCGAAACAAAUGUCGCCGCAACAGGCUUGAAAUGACUCUACAAAAAGGAAUUUUAAAGAAAUUCUAGAAGCCUACGUCUAUUCUUUUAGACAAACGAUAUCCUCUGUUUUUCCUGAAACCAUUGGUACAUCAAGCAUUACAAUCAGAAGCAAACUUCAGAAACCGUUACAAAGCACAAGGCUCCACCAACUGGACGAGAAUGAUUUAAUGCUUCGAAUUGUGUCCAAUGCAUGCCGCCGUCUAUCGGGCCCAAAAACAUGCUGAAGUUGAACAAAUGGAUGUACAAAAUUCCUAUUCCAUCAAAAUCCGCAAGAUAAUUGGCAGCUUAACCCACGCCGGAAGUAGCCACUUAACUAAAAGGGAAGUCAACCUUGAAGAAGGCUUUAAGUGUGUCUUGAAACGACCAUGAAACACUGCUGGAAUAUCCUUACUUUUGAAGCUUUUUUUUGUAGGAAACUCUGCACAAUUUCAAUUUCCACUACAAGAAAACUAUAAUAUUCAAUUUCAUAAAGGGGCAGUACGAACCUCAAACGUCAACCUUCCACCGCUCAAGAACCUUAGUGUCUGACCUCGUCACGAACAGCUCGUGCCUCGUAACUUCCAUAGGACAUUCAUACACAUCGCACCAACACCCUAAGUAAAACAGGGGGAUGAUGGGCGAUGGGAGAAAGAAGGUAAAAAAGCUCCCAGCUUAGAAUAGUUUGUAGUCGGCUAAAGCGGACCGCUUACCUCGAUGAGAUGGAACAGUGGGUCUCGGAUACGUUCUUUUCGUACUUUCCGAGUUUCAACAAAAAGCAGAAGGAAAAGAAAACGGUCCUGUCCCGUACGCGCCAGCAGGAGUAUCAAGAGUAUUUGAAAAAUGUAAAUUUCAUUGCUAACGCGAUCCCGGAAGUGACGACGAAACACCAGCAGUACAUGCAGAAGUACGGCACGGGCAAAUCACCCGGCGGAACGGAAGCAACCAAUGAGAAGGGAACUGGCAACGCUCCUACAAGCCCGCCGGCUGCUGCUGGCACUGGUCCUGGUGGGCCUGGUGGUGGUGGUGGUGCCACUGGUCAACCACAGGUCCGCUUUGGCAAGUCGCUGGUGGCGGAGGGGAACUCCAACUACCGCAAAGGUAGCCCGCGUGAGAAGUUGAUCCAAGAUUUAGCCCAUACUGAUCUGCCUACCAUUCUUAACACAGACACUAUCGAUCGCAGGAACAGGAUGUUGGCCGAUGAGGAAAGCCGCCGUAAGCUGGAAUACCAGAAGGAGCUCAUCAAGCAGAUCGAGGAAAAGCGCAAAGAGGUCGAACGGUUGCGCGAGAAGGAAAAGCUCGAAGAGGAAAUGCUGACCAGCCGACUGGAGCAACAGCUGAAAACGAUGCAGCUAGAGGAGCAGCUCGAGCACGAGCGGCUGCGCAGCGAGAAGAUCCGCAUCGCCAACGAGCAGAACCACAUCCGCCGGCUGCAGCUGCUCGCGAACCUGGAGAACGAUCACAAAGUCUUCAACCCGUACGAUGGCCAGCGGAAAGCAUUUUCGGAAAAUGGCGGUAAAGCCGCCGCGGCGGCGGCUGCUUCCUCCGAGACCAAGCCAACCGUUCCGCAGCCGAACGGUGGUGCCUUCUCUUCCGGCGACGAGCGGACAAAGGCGGCGUACCAGCGGUACAUAAGCAACUCGGCCACACAGCAGCAGGAGAAACAGCAACCCACCACCCGUCUGCAUCCGUUCGUGUCGGUUGCGCCAGCCGUCUCUACGAACGCGCUCGCCCUGUCCACCGAGCAGGAGGACUAUGAAUCUUCCAGCGAAACGACGGCCGACACGUCGGUGAUGGUGGGAGGUGGAGGAGGAGGAGCGGUGGACGAUUAUCGGUUCCAGUACUGUAAGAGCUGCCGGGCGGACGGUGAUCGGUCGCGUCUUCCAUUGCAGCCCGCGCUGGGAAAGCACAGCAAGCGCCGGCAGCAUUGCGCCAAGUGUAAACGACCGGAGGCGUACAAUGGUGGCAAGCGGGGAGAGGACGCCAACAGUCGCUGCAUAAGAUGCGAACGGACAAUGAAGCGAGCGACGAAUGGAACGAAGGGAGCAUCGCUGUGUGCCGUCUGCACCCUGUCGACGGAGGCGGACCAACAGAACAAAAACUUCCUCUACCAUCCGAAGAAGCAGCAGUAUCAGCACACGGAGCGGCGGCAUCAUCGCGCCCCACUCGAAACGGACGACGAUGAUGUGCAGGUACAUCGGGCGGUCGGCGCCACCAUUUCACCGUCGCAAAAGAACCCCUUCAAGGUGAUCGACAUCCAGUAUCACGAGAGUGACAACGAGCACGGCGACCUGGACGUGCUGAAUCCGGUGAUUGUGCGCAACAACUACCGCAAGCCGCCACCGUUCUCGCUCAACAUCGACAAGGAUUCGCUGUUCCAUCCGAGCAAGAAGCCACCGGAACCGGUCUUCACCGUGAACAUCCGCAACGGGGAGGUGUUUGUGGACAAUAAGCUGCGAUCGGGAGGGGCGAAAUCGUCCCGAUACGCUCCGCCCGACAGCCCACUGUUGUCCGAUGGGGACGGGGAAACUUCGUCCGCCACCGUCGGGGACGAUCUGAUGGAUGACCGGAUUGCCAAGUACGUGCGACACUACAACACGCUUUGGAUGAAGCGUGGCAAUGGUAGAAAGGGCAACAGUAAUGGGCAACAGCACCACGAUUACCAUCAUCAUCAUUCUUCUCAUCACCAUCAUCAACAACAGCACCCUAAUCAUCGUGAGCAGGAGCAGCACAGCAAUGAUCGUGCGAAGGGGAACAAAACCGGACCACUGCUUCCAUCGCUUUCGCCCCCGAAAGUGUACGUAAGUGAUCGACCGGACAAUCUGAAAAGUGACGCCCUGAAGCUGAUGGAGAAAAAAUGGGAGGUACCCGCCGUUGAACGGACCAAAGUGAAUGAAAAAGGAUCCACGCGUGUGUUGACGCAGCUCGGGGCGAUCCGAAAGCAGCUGCAGCUGGAACAGCUACAGAUGGAUGGUGGUCCAUCGGGAUAUUCGAAGAAUUAUUAGAAUCAUUGUGUUGUUACCUCAAGCGCCUUCUUUUUUCUGUACUUUUUCCGUCCAUUUUAGUAGGAGCAUUUUGAAUGAAAGUAACCGUUAGUUGGACUUUUUUUUUUGUUGUUGUUGUAUGCGGCGAUCGUGAAAUCAGCUUCAAGUUGAACUCAAUCAGAUGCCUGGCGCACAGUGCCUGUUCGAAUUAAACCGUUGAACCGUUUUAGCCCGUAAGCUUUGAUGAACUUGAAUAAACUUGACGAGGAAGGGAAUAUUUCAUUCCCAAACCGAAAA